CGAACCUCGAACCUCACGACCUGACGACGUCCAACCCGCAAAAGCAAAGCCGGCAGCGCAGAUUCUGCCAUUGACUCUUCACCUCCGCGAGCGACGACCCACAGCUACCAGCCUGCGCACCGCUGCCCGCCACGUCCUUGCGCCCGGAGUGAUUCGCGGAGCCUGUGAAACCGUCGCCGUGGUACCUCAGCACGCAAUAUCUCCCCCGGAUCUCGACACUGUCGCCCCGGCCACUGCUCCCCAUGAGCGACUCUGCGCUGGGACCUUCAUAGGGACCCUUGCGCCCGCACAACUUCUUGCGCAAUUGUCAUCGGACGAAGAUACCGUGCUGUUUGCCCAAGAUGGCGUCAAAUACCACGCAUCCCGUUGAGCCUAUCGCAAUCAGUCGCAACCCGCCCCAGGCACAGUCGCACAGCCCUAAGAGGAGGCGGCUAUCCUGGCGCACUCAAGUUGCGCCUUCGUCUGACGGAAUCUCAAGCUCCUCUGCCUCCGAUCCGCACACCGCCUUGUUGCAAGGACACGACCACGAAGGCCUCUCGGGACGCAUACGACAUCUAAGAGAGGAAGAUAACGAAAACGAGAGCCAGAGGGAGGAGUCUUUCGUGAACAAGAACGCUUCGAAGAAGUUGGAGAAGAUGAUUACGCCAUAUCUCGCCCAGCACAUACCGCAGCAGUACAACCCGCUUGGAGAUCGCCGGCAGGAUGCCCCGAACGCCAAUACGAAAUACUGCUACCGCCAUCGACCGGAUCUCCUGUGUAGGAGGCAGGCAGACGAGCCGUCUAUGGAGCAGUUGCAGGACGAGCUCGGGAGGGAAUCUCAGCAAGACCAGCAGAGCAUCGCCAAUGUUUGGUCCCUCUUCUCCGCCGCCCCAUCAAGACAUCGCAAUCUCAUGCUCCAGGGCAUCCUCGCCCAGUGCUGCUUCCCACAGCUGUCCUUCAUCUCCUCGUCUGUCCGCAACCUCAUCAAAAUCGACUUCCUCUCCGCAUUGCCUACCGAGCUGGGCUUCAAGAUUCUCUGCUAUCUGGAUACCACGUCGCUGUGCAAAGCCGCCCAGGUGAGCCGGCGAUGGAGGCAGCUGGCUGACGACGAUGUGGUCUGGCAUAGGAUGUGCGAGCAGCACAUUGAUAGAAAGUGCACCAAGUGUGGUUGGGGUUUGCCUCUCCUAGAUCAGCGGAGGUUGAGAACUGAGAAGAGGCGGAUACAGCUGCGUGCUUCAGGACGAGGACUCAACGAGUGGUCGCCGGACAUUACACCUAUGGCUGAAGCACCUCUACCCCCCACGUCCCUUAUAUCACAGGAUUCCGAUUUGUCCGACUCGACUCUCGGCUCCAAGCGCUCUGUCCCAGAUGGUUCGUCAUCGCCGGAGCAGUCCUCGAAACGUCCAUGCACGAAAUUGAUCCGGGACCAGCAAGCGUCCUACUUCGACCAGCCGAAGAAGCGACCGUGGAAAGACGUGUACAAGGACCGCUUCAAAGUCGGCACCAAUUGGAAGUAUGGACGUUACUCUACCAGGGUCCUCAAAGGACAUACCAACGGCGUCAUGUGCCUUCAGUUCGAUGAUCGCGUUUUGAUGACUGGAUCUUACGACGCUACAGUAAAGGUAUGGGAUCUCGAAGCAGGAAAUGUGAUCCGCACCAUCGCUGGCCAUACCCAAGGCAUUCGCUGUCUGCAGUUUGACGACGCACGCCUCAUCACGGGUAGCCUGGAUGGCAGCAUCAAGAUAUGGGACUGGCGGACGGGCGAAUGCAAGAAGACGCUGAGGCCUCACUCUCGUGGUGUCAUCGGCGUCCACAUGGCGGGCAAGCUGCUUGCAUCAGGAUCGGCGGACCACACCAUUGUGGUGCACGACUUUGCCACGUCGACGCGCUUCCAGCUACGCGGCCACUGCGAGUGGGUUAACUCUGUCAAGAUCGACCUUCCCUCCCGGACGCUCUUCUCUGCUUCCGACGAUAUGACCGUCAAGCUGUGGGAUCUUGAUACCCACACAUGCAUCAAAACCUACGAAGGUCACGUGGGUCAGGUUCAGCAGGUGCUGCCCCUUCAAGUCGAGUUCGAGAUCGAUGAGGAGAGUUUCGUGGCACACGCCAACGAUUCUUCCGACACGGCGUCGCUCACCUCGGAGGCGCAAAAUGCGCAUACUAAUGGCCAUGCUGGUGCACCAACCGAGUCCCUGUUCCCGAAUGACCCAGACCGUCCCGCUCCACCAGCCUACAUGCUUACCGGCUCUCUCGACGGCACGAUUCGUCUUUGGCAUGUUCCGUCUGGCCGCUGCGUGUAUCCCUUCUUUGGGCACGUAGAGGGUAUUUGGUCUCUUGCGGCUGAUUCGCUGCGACUCGUUUCCGGCGCUGAAGAUAAGUUGAUCAAGGUCUGGGACCCGAGGACAGGGAAGUGCGACCGUACACUAGUCGGUCACACGGGGCCGGUGAACUGUGUUGGCCUCAGUGAUUCGAUGUUGAUUAGUGGUAGUGAGGAUGGCACGGUAAGAGUGCACUGCUUCAUGAGUGAGGGCUAGCAGGGUGCUCGAUGUCCGUGGGCACGUUUCCACAUACGGUUUGAUCGUAUUUACUGUGCUUUACUUUGAUUAUCUAGCGUACGAUGCUUCCAGCGAGGCGUCACGGAUUAGGCUCUGAGGCGGCGUCCCCCGGGAAAGGGCGUCUGCUAGCCUGGCAUGGCAUAGCACGGCGCGAUAUGGCCUUAACUUCAGCAGGACUGCAAAUUGGCAUAGAGGGAAUUGCACAUGAGGCGUCUGCUGCGUCUGUUGGCAUCAGCUGCCCCGUGUGUGUGGCUUUCUACUCCGCUCUUGUACGCGCUUUUUCCCCGCACCAAGUUUUAGAUACCCGUUUUAAGGCUGCGCUUUCACCCAAUCAUAAACCAUCUCUG